AUUUCAACUAAUUAACAUAUCUCGUCUCCAUAUUAUAGAUUCCAUAUCAUUUUGCUAUAUACAUUUGAUGGAGAAAAACAAAGAGCUAACAAUGCCAACUCUAAAUCUCCUUUCAAUUUUAAUCUUUAUUGUUUCAUCCAUUAAUGCAGGAGCGGAUCAUGCCCAACUCAAUCAUCAAAAUUCAUGGGCGAAGAGAGUGGAGAGAGGAAAUGAGGUAACAACCACUCUCCAAUUCUACUUCCACAACAUACCUAACGGGCCGGGCCCAACAUCGGUGAGGAUAGCCGAAGCAGCCCAAACCAACAGCUCGCGCACUUUUUUCGGAGCUCUGAUGAUGAUUGACGAUCCGCUGACCGUGGGGCCCGACCCAUCUUCAAGGAUUGUGGGUCGGGCCCGGGGCCUAAUGGGGUCGGCCGGGCUUAACAAGUUCACCCUUAUCAUGGCCGUUAGCUACGUGUUUACCGACGGAAUAUACAAUGGUAGCUCGUUCAGCCUUCUUAGUAUCAACGAGGUGUUGCGGCCGGCUCAAGAGAUGGCCGUCGUCGGUGGGACCGGGCUUUUCCGGCUGGCCCGUGGGCAUGUGGUUGCGCGAACGCACUCGAUCGAUGCCAUGAGUGUAGCUAUUGUUGAAUACAAUGUUACAAUUGCUACGUAUGAUUAUUCGAAGCACCCACACGAGUGAUGGUUAUAGAAUAUUUCCAUUUGAUGUUUCUGUUUAUUAAUUUUCCACUUUGAAUAAUCAUAUAGUAUCAUUAGGAAUUUAAAUUUCUUUGUUUUCUUAGAAGACAUUUACUU